AUGUCUACUUUCAGAUUAUAAAUUUAGAAUUCCUAGAAAAUGAAAUGAACCGUUUUUCUUUACUAUAGAAACAUUGAUUUUUAGUUUUAAUUUCGCGCGAAGGAAUUGCAUACACUUGAAAGAUAUUAUUUUUAUAUCAUUUGAUAAUUCACGAUUUUGCUGGAGAAAGGUAGUAGCUGGAGCAAAACUUGAAAAAAAUUUUAAAAUCAGAUAUACCACAUUGCCAUGGAGAUAAAAAACAUUACAAAAACAGUCAUUACGCUACUGUGGUUAUGGCUAAUUUGUACCGUAAGUACACAGCCGUACAAACGACCAGACGUGCAGCCUCCAGCGGACAAUCAGGCAGACUGUGUAUGCCAACCGGAUAUCACACUUUGCAAGUGUACUUUUGUAGUAGAGCACCGUUUGUCUAUGGUAUUGCAUGAGGAAAGAGAACUAGUUCGCCCUGAAAUGGGGUUCUUAAGUAAAGUCAGUAACGGCAUGAGAUUAACAGACGAGGAAACUGAACGAGUGAUCACAACUGAUGGUGUAGAUUCCAGACUUGUUAUUGCCAUUAAUGGUAAAUUCCCGGGUCCCAGAGUAGAAGUAUUUGAAAACCAAGAGAUUGAAAUCACGGUGGUCAAUAAAUUCCAUACAGACAGUGUUACAGUUCAUUUUCACGGCAUUCAUCAAAAGAAUACACCUUGGAUGGAUGGAGUGGCAUUCGUUACCCAGUGUCCGAUAUUACCUGGACAAAGUUUUGUCUACCGCUUCAAAGCUUAUCCUCCAGGAACUAGUUUCUAUCAUGCGCACAUCGGAGACCAGCGUAGCAUGGGUUUAUACGGACCGUUCAUCGUUCGUAAAAGAGACACUGAACCAAUCAGCGAAAUAGUUGUCACAUUGCAAGACUGGAAUCACAAUAUGGACGCGGAAACAGCUUAUCUAAGAAUGAUCACUGAACAAUAUGACUCCUAUAAUAUAAUACCAACAACCUACUCUAUAGAUCGUGGAAAUUUUAGCCGAUUCGAAUUUCAAUCUGGACUUGUCAAUGGAAAGGGAAGGUACUGGAGGACUAUUAAUAAUCACAACAGCGCACCACUAGAGAGGUUCCACGUGCAAACCGGAACAUUGUAUAGGUUUAGAGUAAUAGGCGCAAUGACCCUUUAUCCAAUGAGGGUAUACAUCGAAGGUCACACUUUGUCUCUUAGGUCUUCUGAUUGUUUUAACUUGAAGAAUACCCCUGUUCAGUCGAUUAUUGUCCACCCUGGUGAAAGGUAUGAUUUUCACGUAACUUUCCAGGAUUCCAGUGCGAAGAAACAAUACUUAUUAAUUGCAGAAACGAUUGAAAUUCGUGAAAGUCAUGGAAAAUAUCAUGCAGCAGAAGCCAUAAUUGAAGUGGACAACGCCCCAGGAACCGUAGAUCUUUAUCCUAACAACGACAAAGCUGAAUUUUGUACUAUUCAAUCGGCAUGUAAAGUAUUCAACUGCCCUUAUGGCUACAGCGGAACCAGUAUUAGGAGUUGUUUAAACUACAAUGACGUCCAAAAUACGGACCCACUUCGUGAUCCUUCAAAAGUCAAAGGGAACAAGGUUGACAAUGAGUAUUUCUUUAACUUCGCAUUUCCUGGAUUCCCAGGCAAUACCCCAGGGUCAGUUAAUGGAAGGCAAUUUAUCUCGCCGACUUCACCUCUUCUUACACAACCAAACGCCCUAACAACUCGGUGUAAUGAGGAGAAAUGCCGGCGGAAUGGUAUAUGCAGCUGCACGUAUAUAGUGGAGAUUCCCGGAAACAAACUUAUACAGAUGACCUUUAUGAACAUUGGAAAUGGCUCCGGAUGGUCCCACCCGGUACAUCUACACGGAACAUCAUUCUUUGUCAUGAAAAUGGGCUUUGGUACAUACGAUGCUACAAAUGGACAACUGGUAAAUGAGACGAGUGAUAUUCGGUGUACGGGAUCGUACGGGUUCUGUUCCCAAGCGGUAUGGAGAAACAAUACAUGGAGAGGUGGUAACAUCCCAGAGCAGAACCCAGAACCUCCAAUCAAAGACACUGUAGUUGUUCCUACGGGAGGUUACGUUGUUAUUCGUUUUAUCUCGGACAACCCCGGAAUGUGGUUCCUACACUGUCACAUAGAUCUCCACAAUACAAACGGUAUGGGAAUGGUCAUCAAUAUAAAUCCUGGCAAUCAUCCAAAACUUCCAACGGGAUUUCCAACUUGUGGCAAUUUUUUAAAUAACGGUCAAUCACAGCCGGACGCCGACAAGGAUUGUCCAGUAAGCAUCGGGGCCAUCACCAGAGCAUCGUUUGGAAUAUUCGUUUUUUUGAUUACUAUUAUCAUUACUUUCUAGGAUGACUGAUAUGCAUGUAGCCUGGGAAUCCAGCCUGGCAAUUUCUAACUUUUUUUUCUACCUGCAAAUUGAUAUCAGAAACUCGAUGAAUGCCAAUUAACAAUAAUUACCGCAAAUUAAGUAGGAUCUUUAAUGCACAGAUGGUAUGAUUUCUUCUGACAAAGCAAAAAUAUUAUCAACGGCUUCCCAGGCUAAUAUGCAUGUACUGAUAUAUAUUUCUUUCUCGGAUGACUGAUAUGCAAUUACUGAUAUGUAUUACUUUCUCGGAUGACAGAUAUGCACUUCUUUCUUGUAUUGUACAAUAUAGUAAAGUAAAGUAUAAGGUUGCAAUUAUAUUUCCUUGCUAUUGAACUAGCUUUUAAAGCGACGUGGUAGAGUGUCCGAUUUAGGUGUGAGAGGUCCCGGGUUCGAUUCCCCUUUUUUUCGAUUUCCUAUUUUCAGUCUGUUACAGUAUUAUUCAUAUGCAUUUCUUUUUCGUAUUACUGAUAUGUAAGUCUUUCUCGGAUGACUGAUAUAUAUUUCUUUCUCGUAUUAUUGAUAUGUAUGUCCACUUCUUUGAAGUUCAGUACUGGUGUCAUAUGAGGAAUGGUCGUGAGCUCAGUGGGCUCAGAUUCACGAUCCACGGGUUGAGCGGCCAGCACCUUAACCAACGGACUUGCUUUCCAUUAGGCAGACACAUUUUCCUUUAUUUUGAUAUCAAAAAAAAUAAUCAUAAAAUCUAAAGCAUAUAUUUAUCAUUAUUAUUCAAAGAGACCCUGAAAAACCAGCUGGGAAAGCAAUUGAAACCAACACUCAAUAGCUGGAAUUUCGUCCUGCACGAAUACUUGAUCAUUCAAAUAGAUAUAGAAUAAACUAAGCGCAAAAUAGUCAGCCCUCACUGCAUUUCAUGAAAUAAGAUGUAGCCCUUGUCAUUAGCAAAUUCUUGCUUUUCUUAUUAAUACAUCGGCAAGUUAAAAUCUUUUCGCAUGAGCAGUGCUAUUACCAUUCUCUUUGAGACCGGAAAGUAUUUUGUAAACACAGGAAAAGCAACAUCAACAGAGUUUAAGGUUUUGUUGAAUGUGUCUAGAAACUGAUCUUGUCCAGAUGCUGAUAUAUACAUAUAUUGUAUACGUUAUUUUUUUCUGGUGUCCAUGCUGAGUUAAACCCUGCCAGAUAAUGUUUACACAUUGAAUGAAGCCCACAAGGGGUUUAAUUUAUCUCAAAUACAUGCUUUAAAAGGCAGGUAGGAUGCAUGUAUGGACACCAGAAAAAAAUAAUUCAAUUCUAACAAAUCAAAAUAAACAUGUUUCCACGUAAAUGUUUCAUAUUCUAAUAAUGUUGUAGUACAACAUUAUGUCUGUGUCAUAGGUGUGAAAUAAAUAAACAGAUAAACUAUA